AUGGUUGCAGGGGCUGCAGUAGCUUUAGCUGCAAUGGCUGGGAGAUAUGUGGUAUUGAAGCUAAGCAGCCUAACUCUGAUGUCCGCUGAUUUGAUUAGUUACUGCCAAAAUGUUGAAUCAUCCGUUGUUAAUGUUUUGUUUGAGGACGAGGUGUUGAUUUCUGGAAUUGGGCAUAAAGGUCAUGAUGUGGGAGAUAUUCCAGGAGUUAAGUUCAAGGUCUUCAAGGUCUCUGGUGUUUCACUUUGGGUCCUCUUGAAGGAGAAGAAGGAGAAAUCAAGAUCUUAA